GUUCUUGGUCUUCUUUUGGCCCUUGUUCUCUUUCUUCUCAUCUUUUGUUCUCGCCUUGUAUAUUCAAUGACUUGUCUCGUUCACGGCGGUUUGGCAUUAUCAAAACCUGUCAUAACAACGAACACGGCUUUAGUACGAAAACGUGAUAAACCCGUGUUUCAACACUUUGACUGGGCCUUCAAGAAGGAGUACAUCCUGGCCCGUUUCCGGGAGGAGAAGCAAAAAGUAUUUAUGGAGCUGCAACAAGGGGACAUGACCCUUGCCGAACUACGACAGAAGUUCGAACACUUGGCUCAGUUUGCACCCACGUUGGUGUCCACGCCAGUCGACAGGAUUGAAGAGUUCAGGAAGAGGUUGAGCCCUGACGUGCGACCUUAUGUAUCUACCGUGAUCACCACUGACUUCUCUGAAACAUAUGAUCUGAUGGCUAAGGCGGAGAAGGACGUGGACGAUCUAAAGGCGAGCAUGGAUGAUGGAGGGGCAGGAUCUACAUUGUCUUACAUAUGUGUUCCUAUGCCUGAGAAAUCUGAGAUCCAGAGAGGCGAUAUGGAAUAUCCUAUGGUAGUAUCUAAUCCGUUAGGUCAUAGCAUGCGACUUCACCACUUGUACCGCAACUGCCCAUUGAUGGCGCAGGGACACCGUUUGUCCGCGAACUUGAUCGAGCUACCAUACAAGGAAUUUGAUAUUAUCCUUGACCCGUCACAUGUUCUACCUGAGGGAGAAGUCACCCUCGAUGAGAGUCUUACUUAUGAGGAAGAACCCAUACAGAUCUUGGCACGUGAAGCAAAGGAACUGAGGAACAAGACAGUUCCCUUGGUCAAGGUGCUUUGGUGAAACCACGUAGUGGAAAAAGCUACCUGGGAGACCGAGGAGUCCAUGAGAGCUCAGUAUCCUCAACUCUUUAGUGACCAAUGACUCAAGUAAAUUUUAAGGAUGAAA